AUGGAACUUACUUCCUACAGCGUCGAGGGUACUGAUCAAUUUGUCCACCGACUAGGGGAAUUUUAUCCCACAGGAAUCUUCUCCGACCUCACAAUUUACACCACAGACCAAGCCUUGAAAGAAAGCGAAGAGCCUCAUGUUUUCGAAAUAAAAGACGAACAUCCACGCAUCGUUGAAGCCAUGAUACGCUCAUUCUACGGCCUACAUUACGAUAUCAACCAAUCCGACCAUCAAAUGUGUCCUAUGUUGUUCAAUGUCAAAGUAUACUCAAUCGCCGACAGAUUUCAGGUAGAAUAUCUCAAAAUCCAAGCAAAAUUAACCUUCGUCACUCUCGCUCAAGACCACUGGAACUCGGACGAAUUCUUGACUGCUGCUUUUGAAGCAUACAAAACAACACCAAAGUCGGAUCGAGGUCUCCGGGAUGUGGUCGUUGCCGUUUGUCAGAAACACAGGAGGGAGCUGCGCGAGAAGAAGGCAUUCGAGAGACUGGUUCAAGAAACCCCCGGGCUUGCUACCGAUCUUGUGCUGCUUUCGCAUAGGUGGUUGCCUCAGUCGGCGUCUACGAGAGUUCGUGUUGUUCAGUCUUUCUCUUGCCUUUCUUGCUUUGCGAAAUGGCAGAUCCAGGUGGGACUGGCAGAGUACUUCACGGCAUACGCGACUCUCGAGUCUCUAUACCCCAUAUUCCAGCAAUGCGAUGAGCCUCUCACCAAGCGGCGCAAGACUACUAAAGGAAGCCCAAGGAGUCUAACACAGGAGAAUGGCAUAUCAGCGACAGGGAUUCCUCAGGGCUACAUUCCAUUGGCACGGUUGACAUUGCGCAUGAAACCCCCGCAUACGAGCACGCGCAAAUACAAAAGGUCUUUCUAUUCAAACCUCUCCACCUCCCGCGUUCCUAUACUCCUAGAUGUUCGAAGCGUUCAUUUUCUCGACGAUGAUCUGAACAACACGCGACAACCAGACUCAGCCGAUGGUGAACCCAAUCGCAUGGAACUGGAAAUAUCUAGUCUCGAUGAAGAAGAAUUGCUGAUAUAUCCAUGCGAGGACUUGCGCCUAUUUGAUCUCCUUGGACAACUUCAGGCCGCCAGCAAACUACCUCACGUGGACCAGUUCUUCAAUGAUGUGCCUACAGCCUGUUACCAAGCGCAUCUGUGUGCCUUACCAGAUGGAGCAACUUUUACUCUCGAGACGGUAGUUCUUUGGAGUGAUUCUAUCGAGGCUCCAGCUUUAAACCGUUUGACGGAAGCGGAUAUGGAAGCAUUUACAAGAUAUGUGCUGCAGGAAAAAUGUGUUCGCCCGUCAGCAUUGACCAAACCACACGAAUAUCGUGAUAAAAUGCUGGGAACACCUCAACAAUGGUCUCCCCGGGAUUUCUACAAUAAUGUUCACGUUCCCAAGGUCACAGAGAGUUCGACGAAUAUCAAAUGCCCUGAUUUAAAUUGCAAGCUAUUCCCGUUCCAGAGAAGAGCUGUUCGCUGGCUUUUACAAAGAGAAGGAAGAGAAGUCGGGCCAAAUGGCGAAAUUAUGCCCAUCGAAGCACUUCCCAAAAGUGACCUUCCAGCGUCUUUCAAUUCCACGAAAGAUGCCGAUGGACGAACCUACUACUUCAGCCAUCUUUUCAUGAUUCUGACGACUGAUCUUUCUGAGUGGCACGAUGCCGCAUAUAAUCUGAAAGGUGGAGUACUUGCAGAGGAAAUGGGGUUGGGCAAGACAGUCGAAGUGAUUGCGUUGAUAAGUCUGAACAAGCGAGAGUCGCAGCCCAUGAAGGCUGAUCCCGACGGAUUGAAACCUACUGGUGCCACUUUGAUCAUCACACCCCCCGCGAUUCUUGAGCAAUGGAAACAAGAGUUGGAAGAGCAUGCUCCCACUCUGCGUGUACAUCAUUACAAUGGAAUCAAACGUGGGAAACAAAUAACCGACGACAUGAUCGCCGACGAGCUUGCCGAGUUCGAUGUUGUUCUGACCACCUACAAUGUCAUCGCGAAAGAAAUCCACUAUGUGGGUGCUGCUCCGCAGCGAUCCCUACGGCACGAAAAGCGGUUCGUACAAAGGAAGACACCACUAGUUCGCCUCUCAUGGUGGCGGGUAUGUCUGGAUGAGGCUCAGAUGAUUGAGAGCGGAGUCAGCAAUGCGGCGAAAGUAGCUCGCUUGAUCCCUCGAGAGAUUGCUUGGGCUGUGACUGGUACCCCACUGCGCAGAAACAUAGACGACCUGUUUGGUCUUCUUCUUUUCCUUCAUUAUGAGCCGUUCUGCUUUUCAGCCUCUUUGUGGAGAAGAUUGUGUGUGUGUUUCGGUCCAGUUUUGGCAAAAAUCAUAAACACAAUCGCUCUUCGGCAUAGGAAAGGUCAGUUAUUGGAUGAGCUUCGCCUACCACCUCAGAAACGCAUUGUUAUCACUACUCCCUUCACUGCUAUAGAAGAACAGAAGUACGCUCAACUUUUUGAGCAAAUGUGCGAAGAAUGUGGGUUGAACGCCGUGGGUGCCCCCCUUCGAGGAGACUGGGACCCCGAAGAUCCUGUAAUUGUCGAGAAAAUGCGUACUUGGUUGACUAGACUCCGCCAAGCGUGUCUCUAUCCCGAGGUUUCUUUCCAUAACCGAAAUUUAGGCUCAGGCUCUGGUCCUUUGCGGACUGUAGCCCAGGUUCUGGAAGCCAUGACUGAGACCAACGAGGGGGCUAUACGUACGGAAGAACGAUCGCUCCUUUUAUCUCAACUUCGACGAGGCCAGCUUCUAGAGAAUGCAAAACGCCGCCAAGAAGCCCUCGUUAUUUGGCAGAAAGCACUGGACCAUGCCACUCAGCUGGUCGAAGACAGCAGGGAGCAACUGCGCCUACUAAAGAUCAAAGGUGCUACCGAUGACAAUAACGGGGAGACUCUAGGAGUCGUCAAUCCGGAUGACAAGGAUGAUGAUCAAAACGAAGAGGACAAAGAUCCAGACAAUAACAGUCGCCUCGGCCAGUGCCGACUGAAGCUUCGAGCUGCACUCGAGGUCCAGCAUAUUGCAGUGUUCUUCACUGCGAAUGGAUAUUAUCAAAUCAAAAGUGAUCCAAAUUUGACCCAGCCAGAUUCAGAUGAGUUUAAAGCGCUUGAGAAACGCGAAGAGGAGGCUUACGAGGCCGCAAAGGUCAUUCGCAAGGAGAUGUUGACUGAUAUUUCCCGGAAAGUCGAGCGCUACAUGAAAGAAAUCAAGAUUAAGGCACGAGACAGAGAUUUCGUGAACAUCCCGAAAAUGAAUCCCCAUCUUUACAGCAAAGGAGUCGAGUCAUACAAUCUGCUCAGCAAGUUUGAAGAUUUCUGCGACGCUCUGAACAAGCAUGCUGAGCAAUACAAGGAAUGGCGGGAUGUCAUGACCAAACUAGUCUCUCAGUCGCUCAUUGACCAGGAAGAAGAAGCAAUGCUGGAGGGCGAUGAGUAUGAGCGGUCAACAAAACAUCAAGAUGAGAUGUAUGUCUACAUGGAAGCCUUGAGGUCAAUAUACAGCGACCGCCAUGACGCUCUCACCGGUCACACGAACACUCUCAUUUCCCACGAAGCCAAAGCCGGAAUCGUCCAGGCCCAAAAAGGUGAGGGGCCCGCUCCACAACUAUUCCUCAAGAUAAUGGAAACUCGCAGUCAGCUUAUGCCUGAUCCUGAUCUUGGAUCGCUCCGUAGCAUUGUCAGUGAGCUUCGCAAACUUGUGACAUCGCUGGAGUGGCAAGCCGGCUCGGGCAAUUCGCGUGCCCGUGCUGAGCAUGAAAUCGUCGAAAUGGUCUUGAAAAAUGCCGGUCAAAUGAUCGCCGAGCAACUGAAAGUAUCGAGCAAACUGAAUAGAGAAGUCGAAAUGUUCCGCGACACCAUGAACAAUCGACUGGAGUAUUAUCGUCACCUGCAGCAAAUUUCGGAUACGGUGGCCCCAUACGACGAGGAAAGUGCAGGCAAGCCGCUAGAUGAAUCCGCCUUUAGCCUGAGGUUGGGGCAAGAGGGAGUCACCGAAGAAAAGAUUGCAUCUCUCAAGUCCAAAGCAAGAUAUCUUAUUCACUUAAAAGAUGGUGCUACCUCCGACAGUAACGAUCGAGAGUGCAUUGUCUGCCGAUCGACCUUCGAAGUUGGUGUGUUGACUGUUUGUGGUCACAAGUAUUGUACUGACUGCUUGCGACUAUGGUGGGCUCAACACCAAAAUUGCCCAAUAUGCAAGAAAACGUUGAAGCGUAAUGAUUUCCAUCAGAUCACAUACAAGCCACAGGAGCUAGUUGCACAAGAGGAAAAGACACAUGUCAAAUUGGACCACGAAGGUCAUUCUCAGAAUGCAAUUUACAGUGACAUCAGCUCCAGCCAUCUUAAUGAGAUCAAGAAAAUUGACUUGGAGCACUGUUUCGGAGUAAAGAUUGACACGUUGGCCCGCCACAUCUUAUGGCUGCGGGAGCACGACCCUGGCGCAAAGUCGAUCAUCUUCUCUCAAUACGCAACCUUUGCGUCGCAAGUACAGGCCGCAUUUAAAGUCCAUGGAAUCGUCACCACCAGUAUUGACUCUCCGAAUGGAAUUGAGAAGUUCAAAACAGACCCGGCUAUUGAGUGCUUUUGUUUUUAUGGCAAAGCACAGUCAUCCGGACUGAAUUUGAUCGUUGCAACCCAUGUCUUUCUAUGCGAACCACUCAUCAACACGGCAAUCGAGCUCCAGGUCAUUGCGCGGGUGCAUCGUAUUGGCCAAAAUCGACCAACAACAGUAUGGAUGUACCUUGUCUCCGGCACGGUGGAAGAAUCCAUAUAUGAGAUCUCAGUAACCCGACGCCUGGCUCACAUCAUGGAGAAAGAGAAGCAAGCCAAUAAAGCACUCUCGAAAACUCCUGCCGACGGUGAUAGUGUCACUGAAGAGGCCAUUGAAUCUGCCAACUCGAUGGAACUACAAGAUGCCACUCUCACAACCCUGAUGCAACGCGGCUCCGUAGGUGGCGAGAUGGUGAAGAAGGACGAUCUUUGGCAAUGUCUCUUUGGAAAUACUAAGCAGAAAGAUAGCACUGAACCUUCAGCUGAGGCAGAAAGGGAGGUUAAUCGAUUCUUGAGAGGCGAAGCCGCUGAGCAAAGAAUGGAGCGUUGA